GUAGGUAGCUCAUCAGAGAGGUAGCAGCGAUCGUUGGAACACCUGUUCGUAGUGCCGACUCGUUCACAAACACCACAUCUACACUUCUCUCUCAGUCCAACAGAUCGUUCUCUUGUUUAGUCACUUAAAGAAUAAAAACGAAAGGAUGUACGUUACCAGGACGCGACAAGGACUGUGUUGAUUUACAGAAACGCACGUUUUUUCUGCUCCAGGGACUGCAGUAGUUUGUGAAGAAUGCUGGGGUAUAUGGGAAAUAAGGGAUUUCUAACCAAAGCGUGCGUUGUGUUAACUGUCAUUGUCGGGCUGCACAUCAUCCUCAUGGUGUUAUAUGAUUCAGAUUCGGGGGCUAAUAAAUACACGAAAUACCGGCAAAUCUCAGAUUUUGUUACUGACAUGAACAUGUCAGUAGCUCACAGAAAAAAAGUACUUAAGCUGAUAAAAUACUACAGCAAUGGAACACUAGACGUAGACCUGAGUGAACUAGCCUUCACGAAUAAACAUCUAGAGCCAUGUCCUGAGACUUCUCCACUUUUAUUGGGUCCAUUGCAAGUGGGUUUUGCUAAUCCUUUGAAUUUAAGUGAGGUGCGUGAGGAUAAUCCCGAGGUUAAUACGGGCGGCAGGUAUAAACCCAGCGAAUGUGUGGCCCUUCAAAAAGUGGCAAUAAUCAUCCCAUUCAGAAACAGAGAUGAACACCUCAAGUACUGGCUCUACUACCUUCAUCCUAUCCUACAGAGACAGCAGCUUGAUUAUGGGAUUUAUAUCAUAGAACAGAAUGGGAAGGACACAUUCAACAGGGCAAAACUACUCAACGUGGGAUACGCAGAAGCAAUAAAGGAAUACGAUUACGACUGUUUCGUCUUUAGUGACGUAGACAUCGUCCCAAUGGAUGACCACAACACCUACAAGUGCUUCAGUCAACCGCGCCACCUUUCUGUGUCCAUGGACAAAUUUGGAUUUAAGUUGCCAUAUAAAAAUUAUUUUGGGGGUGUGUCAGCUAUGAGCAAAGCCCAGUAUCUGAAGAUUAAUGGCUUUCCCAAUAACUACUGGGGCUGGGGAGGAGAGGAUGAUGACAUUUAUUAUAGGCUCGCAUACCGGGGCAUGACAAUAUCAAGGCCAAGCGGAAACAUCGGUAAAUGCCGAAUGAUCCGUCACAAGAGAGAUGAGAAAAAUGAGGCGAAUCCACACAGAUUUAAAAGAAUCCGUCUCGUACGGAAGAUGAUGAACCAAGACGGCAUCAAAUCACUCAAGUACAAAGUCCUAAAGGUAGAAAAAGACCAGCUUUUCACCAAAAUCAUAGUGGACAUUGGCAAGCCAACCAAAGGGAUCUAAGAGGAGACAUUUAACUUGCUUUAACCCUCCGGGAAAAACAUUCACAUGCCCGUCAGACCACACAGGCGAGCAUGCAAGAUUGCUGAGCUUUUGGAUCAAAAUAAAGUUAAAUCUGAUUUGCAAAUCAGUUAGUAAAGAUCAUGUCUCAGGAAUCAAAUGACAUAACUACUUUGAAUAUGGGUAUAAGUUAAGUGGUGUCAGGCUAGAGGCGAUUAUGCUACGGGCACAUCUUGUGAGAUGUUGGGUUUGGGGGUAGGAUAAAUAUAAAAACAGCGUUCAUCCUGUGAGAAUUGGCCGUAGCUGUAUCCCUUCUAGCCACAAGCGACCAAGUGCCUCUAAUAUGAGACACAAAUCCAUUUUCUUUAAGUUAAGACUUAAAGAAUGUCAUCAGGGUCAUCUACUGUUUAUGAUCUGUACUUAUUCAUAUGUACUUGUACAUAUACUUCAUGCUUGGUCCUGGAAUAGUACUUAUUUCUGGCCAGUCAGGUUUUUAAGCUAUCACACUGGAUUGUAAACGUGGGUUUUCUUUCAUGUGAAAAUCCUUCACUGUAAAAACUGUGACUUUUAUACAUUAUUAAGUUCAGUCAACUUUUAUUAAGUUGAUUAAACUUAAAAAUUUAAGUGCAAUACUUGAUUCAAACAAAACUUUUUUAUUUUCAAACUAAUCUGACGGUAGUAUGGUUUUUUAUCUUUAUGUUCGUAUAGUAAGAAAGUAUUAAGCAAAAACAACAAGUUUGUAAUACAUUGGUAUCUUUAAUUGUUUACAAUUUAAUUAGAUCGAAAUGUAAUUCAAAUUAAUGUGACAUUUGUAACUUAUUUAUCUU